GGUGAAAACCCGAAAUCGAGAGCUGCCGAAAAAUGCCGCGAAAUCCAAGUGAGUGCCGUCGGUGAGGCCUUCGCCACCCCGAACCGUGGGCGUGUAAGCGUGGUUGUAAGAAGCCAAAAAGAAACCGUUGCAGAUUCAAAGAACAGCGUUUCCAGACGACUCGACUAUGUUAUCCAAACUUUGCAUACCCACAACGUCAAGGAGGGUGAUGUGAGCACGACAAGAUCUGUGAGGAGAAUUGACGGUCUCUUUCAUGUAGAAGCUGAGGUCCUGGUUGUUUUUGUUGACCUCAUCAAAUGCCAGGAGGUGUGCAACUUUCUUGUAGAGAAACUUGAUGACUCUGUGACAGUCUCACUCCCAUGCUUCUUUCAUGCACCACAUAGUGUGGAUAAUGUGAGGAGGCAAGCCUGUGUGAAUGCAGUGAAGAAUGCAAGACAGAAAGCCAUUGAGGUAACCCGUCUACUCCGUCAAUCUCUGGGUCAUCCCAUUAUGAUCAAGGAGGAACAUUGCCAUGAAUGGGAGGGACCAGCUGCUGCUCAGGAAACCGGUAAUGGUCAAGAAGGACCAAUGACCUUUCAACAACGAUUGACCUCUGGGACUUUAAAUGUGUCAGUCAAGGUGCUGGCUAGUUUUGAACUUGUUCCAAGAGAAAAAUCAAAAGGAAAUAAAACGUAACGGAGGUCCAUGGACAUAAUAGAACACUAUCACAAGCCUGGUUCAGAUAUAGCAUGAUAAGCAUGGUAGUUUAAUGAUGAGAAAAGUGUGAUACACAUUUCUGUAACUUCAGAGAAAACUCAGUGAAUACGCAUCUGACCUUUGUUGCGUGCAGUUGCUAUUCAGUUACAUGCAAACCACCAUGGUUUACCACUUUGUGUCUGAAUAAGUCUUAAUCUUGGCUGUCUUGGAGUUUGCCAGGUUCAGUGAAUAGUAGGCCUGAAGAAAAAACAUCUUGAAAUCUACGGUCGGCUUUUUAAAAAAGUUCUUUUUUUUUUACCGUUUUUUAUAAAAAAUAUGUAUUAAAAGAGGGAAAUUUUUAUAUUUUGUUUUAAAGGUUUCCGACCGACCGACCCAUGUUUUGGCACCUCAAGGGCAAUACAACAUCUUUCUUUUUUAUGCCUUAGAGGUAACCCUCAAUGCCACAUUGGAGGAUGGGUCAAUGCUACAUGUAUGUAGAAAACCUGUUGAUUAUAUAGACUGUUAUCUUCUUACAGAUUGUUAGUUGAUAGAGAUCAAACAGUUUUAGCCUCAGUGAAAUGCUUUCACACUUUUUAUGUGAUUCAAUGAACACACAUACUCCCAAAAGGGCAAUCUAGUCUAUGUAAUAAAAUCAUUUGUAUGAAAGCCCCAAAAAUAAGAGAUACUGAACAAAGAGUGUUUGAAAUAAAUCAGACCAAUAAAAGAGUAAGGAAUGUUUGAAAUGUAAGAUCAAUACACCUAUGCAAAUCUCAAAAUGGCAGUUUGGUCAGUGGAUUGUGGCAUAGUCACCGACAACCCUCCCAUUUUUAAUGUUUAAAAAUAUUAUUUUCUGUUUUCCUCCCUAAGAAAUAUAGGAACUGGCUUUCAGUCAAAAUUUCAUAUAAACAGCUAUACUUGAUAUUGCGAGGGUCCAGGUUAUCCCAUGAAAACACAUGCUUUAGCCUUAUACACAGACCAGUGAAAGGUUAUUAUGGAACAUAUGUAUGCUCCUGCCAGUUGUCGCAGUCAAGUUUCAUACAUUAUCAGAAUUCCUUAUUUCAUCCCAGAAUCCUUUACUACACCUAAACCUACCGGUACCCCCCCCCCCCCCCCCCCAUUACAUUUUCUUCUUUUUGUUGCAUUUGAUUUUAUUGUGAUGUCAAUCACAAUAACAAGAGAUAUAAGAUAUUAAUGCAUUGUAAAUAAAGAUGAAUUGAUACACAGCAA